GUCGAGGUUUAUUUGCUGGCGAUCUCGUGGCAUCGAAAGGAUACCGAGAUCGUGCUAGGAUACAAGCUUGGUUACAGAACGUAACCGAAUCCGCGCGAAGUUACAAUCGAAGUGUAAGUAAAAGAAUGGAAGCACAAAAUAGCUGUCAUUAGCACAGUCAAACAAAAGCACAUUAAAACAAACACUGGUACAGUUGGUUAUAAUAAUAAUUGUUUUUAUUAAGCCAGUCGUGUUCUCGUGAUAAACGUGAGUCACUACAGGCUUAUCGUAUACUGAACGAUGACCUUGGUAUUAACAUGAAUUAUCUUUUACUUCCAUCUAGGACUGAUCAUUUGAGAGGUCACUCGAAGAAAGUUCAAAAGCCGAGAUCAAAUCGUUUACGUCUGGAGUUUCUUUUCUCGCACCGAGUAGUGGAUUAUUGGAAUUCCCCACCGGAACACGUAAUAUCAACACCUGUCGAUAUAUUCAAAACAAUUGUUUUGAAUCUUAAGAUUGGACCUCCACAGAAUUACAAACUGCAAGGAUUAAUAUAGGUCGAUAGACCUCCUAUCCUUAUUACUGAAGGCUAAAAUAUUGACUAUCUUGGUAUCGUUAAUAAGCUUCGGCGGUAUUCAAAAAGUCCAUCUGUACGUUAUUUCCAACCCACAUCAGUGGACGAUACCCUAGGAGCGUUGCCUACGUGCUACACACCUGAAGGCGCUCUGUGCUUGUGGUUGCUCAACAAAUUAAGAGGCUUAUAGCCUAUCAGAGUCAAGCCUUCCCAACCAAGUUAUCCAACUUUGUUACGCAGAUAAGUGACAGGAAAACCAUCGUUUUUAGACCCAUAACUGUUUAUGUCAGCUAAAACAAUCCUGCUGUAGUUAUCUGUAAUACGAAUAGCGCGAUGGAUAGACUCCAACGAUUUUUGGAUGAAAAUGUAGAAGCUAUAAGAUUAUUACCUACAACGUUCUUCGUAAUUGGAGUAUAUCUUCUCGGGAGGCAUUUUUAUAUCUUUACUAAGUUUAACUCCAUCCACUCGAUUCCAUCUGUUGUAUACAGUCGCCAGAUACAUCUAAAAGGUUUAGUUAAAUCUAUAAGUCCUACAGGUGAAUUGGAGAUCUUACAUGUGCCUAAGGUUAAACUGCCUUUCCGAGUCCCUUAUGGUAAUGCCAUGAAGAUUUCUAUUCCUGUGCAGCAUUCCGGUCAAAGUAUACAAUGGUUGAAGCAAAAUAUACACCCAGGUGAACGUGUCGUUUUCAUCCCUGUAAAACCAAUUUUCGAGAAUGCAGAACUGCUGGCUAUAAUAUACAAACGAUGGUAUUUUUUAAAAAAAGAUAUAUCUUACCACCUAUUAGUCAAUGGAAUAACCAACCACAAAAGCUUCAAUGAUUUGCCAGAUAACUUUCGCAAUAAGUACUCCUCGGCUAUAUCGAAAGCAAUUCGAAUGAAACGGGGUAUUUGGCAAGAAGACUAUAAAGUGUGGAAAUCUUGUAAAUUAUUUUUCCAAAAGAUAAAACAACUCGUGAACUUGUAAAACUGACGAUUUAGUCUUGUUAAUAUACAGUUUCUAUUUUACUUUUCUAAUUAUGGUGUAACAUGUUGAACAGUGUGAGUAGUUAUUUUCACGAUUUAAAACAUAAAUAAGCAAAAUCAAGAGGCCG